AAUGCACUGCCCCUUCAGUGUGCUGAGUGUCGUCGUUGUGAGAGGGUGUGGGUCUGUGCUGGGGCGGUGGUGUAUUGUGCUAUUGUCACUAAUAGUCCUGCCGCUAUUGUGAAUGCUCCUGCCGUCAUUGGCUUCGCUCACUGCACCCAUUUCUACCCGUUGACGCGUAUCUGUGCGUGAGUGGUGUCCCAGUUUAGCUGCUGGCUUCGGCAGCUUGCGUCUGUGGUCGCCGUGCCGCCACAGCCACCAUUGGCGACGGAGUGCAGCCGCUCGUUGCCUGUCCGUGUUCUCUCAAUGUCCGUUUCACGGCUGUCUAGGCCAAGUGCAGCAGGAGAGCACCACAGCCGAUUAUCCUCAUUGCCUUUAUCACUUUUGCGCUUGUUGGUGGGAAUCCUUCACUGCCAUUGUGUUGUCGACCGCUUCCGUUUAAGGUCAAACGCAACGUCGACGGAUGCCUGUGUUAGCUUCUCUCUAUAAGAGUGAAAAAGCGAUCGUUCCUUAGGACGCCGUAUUUCUUGGACUCACUUGCGCGAAGAGAGGCGUUUGCAUUUCUGGAGCACAAAAGCAUAGAGAAGAUUACCGAGUUGGAUUUCAAGAAUCUGUUGCUGUACUUUGCUCAUUCUCCCUCGCUCUCUCUCUCUCGUCUUCCUCUCUCCUUGCUCGCUCGCUCCCUCCCUCCCUCUCUCGCUUGCAAGCCCUUUGUAGAAAAUCGCAGGAAGGAGUGUCUGUGUUUAUUCCAGUGGAUGUAUUUCUCCGUGUGGCUGUGUCCAUGUGCAAGAAGAAUCGGCGGGAAUAUCUUUCCGUAUUUAUAUGUUGUGUGCUUGCAAAAUUUCGUUGCCUGCCUCACCGACUGAACGGAUGUAUGGAGUCUCUGAUCAUGUGACAAAAGUGAUCAAUACUACAGCACAAUAGCCCCCUGUACCACACUGGAUUAGCUGCUAUUGCCGUGUCUUUAAAUGCCCCUAAAGGGAGACAGCUUUCACGCUCUUUUGUGUUCUUAGCGCCACGAGUGAAGGGAUAUUCGACAAGUUAAUCAUAAUCGAGUAAAAACAUAUAAUCAGCGACACAUUCACUCCCUCUCGUAGCAGUAGCAGCAGCGAGCGCGAUCGCUACUGGCGCGUGGUAAAGUCGAUCAAAUGGGAUUUUUCUACUGUCACAUGAAGUUCUGCAUGUAUGUGAUAGCUUGCUGUACUGGAGCCCACGUGAGUACGUGAGCUACUCUCUUUGAGCCAUCAAGAGUGCCCGCGUGUGUGGCUGCGUGUCUGACACGCUCACUAAGUUGAACACGCGCAAAUAUUGUCGGAGGACAAACGAACUACGCGGAGGAAGGCAGAAGAAAAUCGCAGAAGCUCAAAGCGAACAACAAAUAACUCAACAAACUGAAAGUAGCCGUACAUUUGCGAACUCACACACGCGCGCGCGAAAGACCGUUAUGCAAUGCAAGAUAAACUCCUCACCUAUCACCUCGAUAUAUUCGAGUGUACGAACUUUCGAAUCGACCUCCACCCUAUUUUACGCUUGCUGUCGGUUUGAGACUGCGUAACGAACCUUAUUUUUUUUUCGUCAAUAAUAGUUGGUCGAAAGCAUCGCUAUUCGACAACAAUCGUUGCCGCUGGCGCUGGAGACCGUUUCCCAAAUCGCGCUCGACCUGCAUACAACGACACUGUAGCCAUUGAGCGUACUCUCGGCCGGGAAGGGCUAUUUGUUUGAGUUAGGCGAUUCAUUAUAAUUGUACCGUUACAACUACUACGAGUAGCUCAAAACAGUCUUUGAUCUCCACAUCAACUGCACCUGCUGUCCUCGUAGACACUAACGAACGAACGUCGAAUGCGGACGACCCAUAUGGAUAGUUGGACCUCAGCGGCUUUAACUGAGAGCUAGUUUAAUGAAGCAGCUAGUCACUUCGUUGGAUUUAUACAAUCUCUGCCCUCGAAAGUUGUUAUUGUUACUGCCUAUCGACCAGCGGCUUGUUGCUAACAUCGGCAGCAGCCUAGAAAACUGUGCCACAGUUGCAGUAACGCGCAGGACAGGUCAGUCUGUAAUGGUCCUGCUGUUACUGUUACAGUCGUCCUACACGGCUCCCUCAAAGGGCUGAACAAAAUCGAAGUCGCCUACCGUUGCCAGAUAGAUUCGUCUCAGCUACCAGGCUGGUUUCGCUGCCAUUACGACAACUAUUUAGGAUUAAUCGGUGCUAUCAGCCAGGCACCGUUGCAGCUUUAGCCAAGAACUAACCAGGGUUGUUGUGACUAUGAUCCGUUGAACGUAUCGUUCAGUAGCAGAGGAAACGCUUUUCGGCCGUCCGUCAUUGUUCUUCGACCUCCAUCGAAUUACACCGCAUUCAGUGAGGCUAGCACCGCCUCGUAUUUGUUACACCCGCGUUUCCACCGCUGGGAGGGAGGACACCGAAAAGGAAACAGGAAUUCAACCAGACGUUAAUUGCCAUUCUUGGCAAAAGGGUAUAUCCCACAGUUACCGUUUUGACAAGCUCGACAUUCUAUAGAUUCGCCCAUUUGUAGAUAGUGGGAGCCGCUUACUUGAACAGCUGCAAGAUCGUCUUUGUUUACUGAUGACGCUGUCGUCAUUGUUGUUGUCGCUGCUGUCAUCUGCUCGCUCGGAAAUAGAGUCAAUUACUUGCAAAGAAACAAGCUCAAGACGAAAAAGUGCGUCUUCAUGCUGUUUGCCGAUUUCAUUCGAGUUUCUGUAUACACCUUUAAUCGUGCCUAGUGGGACAUUAGUGAUAGUUCGUUACAGGGGACAAAUACUCUGUCGAAGCGUUGUCACUCGUAGGCUUGUCUAGGAGCUGACAGCGGUAGCACAUUGCUGUGGGAUCAAUGCAGUUCUUGAUUACACUGCCAAGGCUUCAAUAUAGUGUAUGAUUGUGUGCGAGCUGUCAGCCGAUUUAGAUAGGGUGAUAGCGGAAAAGCGGAGAAAGGGAAAUCACGUUAAAUUGAAAAGAAAAAAAAGGUGUGUUAUUUGUGCCCUGUGCUUGUGUCACGAGUUUGUGGUGGUGGUGGUGUUGUUGUUGUUGUCGUCGUCGUCACAAAAAUAAAUAUUUGCCACGUGUACAACGCCUAGAGGAUAUGUGCAAAUCCUUCGUCGAUCAUGCAGCGGACCCUCAGACUUCCGGUUCCGGCUUUUUCUGACAUAACAGUGAAGGGUGGGUGCUCGGACGACCGCAACAUGCCGUUGUUGUAAUGACAUCCAACUGUACAUAGUGAAACUUGCUCUCACUGCCACCUAUGAGACACUGCCGUAAACACUGCCUUAGGAAAAACCAUAGAAGUCGACGACAAAAACAAACGAUCUCAACAAUCAACGAAAAUUAAUCAAUCGAAAGUCUCAUUCGGAGCGUGUGUAUGCCUGAGUGUCCCUGUGCGCCUGUGCUGCAGGUUUCGUCCAGGCCCCAAAUAACGUAAGGAUAAACAAAACUGUAUCAGCAAUAACAAUAGCGCUGACGGAAUAGAUCAGAAGCAGAGAAGCGUUACUAUGUCCUCCAUUGAAACUCAGGCUGCGAAGCAGCUGUCGCAACAGGACGAUGCCAUCUAUAAGCUCAUGCCGUCGCCAGCAGUCCGGGGGGGUCCAUUCCGCAUUCCCCGUCCGCUCAGUGUCGACCUAUCCCCCUCGAGCAAGGUGGCCGCCUCGCCUCUUCCCAUGGGGCCGCCACCUCCAAACGCCUGUGACCUGCAGCAGGUGCCCCAGCUGUUACCUCGUUCAACGCCUGAAGUCGUAACGCCCACGGCCACACCAGUGAUGGCACCGCCGAUGGGUCCCCCACCAGUGUUUACACUUCAAUCGUCUGUUCUGAGUAAAUAUAACGUACGUGAAGAGGGUGAUCCAAUAAAGCGCCUCAUCCGUGAGGGGGUCGAAUUUAAAGAUGACCGUAAGCAGCUUAAGCUGCUGUUGCGCAAGAGAAAGAGUGGCAACUUCGAGAGCAUGUCACGGGAUUCACUUAGCAGUUCGGCUGAGGAGGACAGCGCGGACGAUGAAGACACCAAGGAUGAGGCCUUGUACGACGACGCUCGAUUGAUCCAUCCUGCUAAUGAGCCUAAUGUCAACGUGGCCAUGGAUAAGCUCAACGCACGUUUCCACAAAAAUAUGACCUCUGAGCAGGUAGAGCAACAGUGUGCGCGAGAAGAUAUCGGCUCAAUCGUGCCAACCAUGACAUUGCUAGACGGUUACUGUGGACCUCACUUCCCGGCGAGGGACGGACCGCGUCUGACCAGAGAACAACUUCUGCCCGCCACCCCCUGCGUAUCAAUACAAACGCCUGACCAGGCGUUGGGACCGAAACUCAAGAAAUUCUGUACGUCGUAUCCCAUCACCGUAGUACGCAACAUCUGCCAAGUUCUCGAGAUUGAUCUGGGUUUGUUCUCGACCAAAAUGUUGGCGCAAUCCAAUCCCGAGCAUCCUAUCGAAGUUCGGACACAGUUUCAGCAGAGUUGCGAAGAAAAUUGGGAUGCGGACAAGGCGCGACAGGUUUGGCGGUGUGAGUCGCACCGAAGUCAUACAACGGUGUCGCGAUAUGCCCAAUAUCAGGCGGGCACGUUCGUUGAAAGCUUGAAAGGCGAGCUCAAAGAGCAUGAGGAUCUUAAGAUUACGGCAUCAAGCCCAAACAGCGGUGCUACACCUGAACAUCUGUCAGACUCCGAUUCAAAUUCUGGUUUCGGACCUUCCGGAGCUCCAAAACAAAAGCGGCAAAAGAGGACGUCCAGCUUUAAAACUAUCAAGUUUGGAACUAAUCUUGAUCUCUCCGAUAGAAAGAAGUGGGCAGCUCAACUCAAAGAACUGGAGAAGCUACCUGCGUUCACCCGAGUUGUAGAUGAAGCCAAUAUGCUGUCGCACGUCGGCCAUACAAUUCUCGGAAUGAAUACGGUACAGCUAUACAUGAAAGUACCCGGUUCACGUACUCCAGGCCACCAAGAAAAUAAUAACUUCUGUUCAGUAAAUAUCAACAUUGGACCUGGCGACUGUGAGUGGUUCGGCGUUGACGAUGCGUAUUGGGGUGAUAUCCAUGCUCUAUGUGAGAAGAAUGGAACCAGCUACCUUUUUGGCUCGUGGUGGCCUCUCCAAGACGACCUGAUAGCAGCCAAUAUUCCGGUGUACAGAUUCACUCAAAAACCCGGCGAUAUGGUAUUCGUCAACGCCGGCUGCGUGCACUGGGUCCAGGCUUCUGGUUGGUGCAACAAUAUCGCCUGGAACAUCGGCCCCUUCAACUACGACCAGUUCCGUUUGGGUGUCGAACGUUACGAAUGGAAUAAAAUGCAGGGCUUUAAGUCAAUUGUACCAAUGCUUCACCUCGCCUGGAAUCUUGCCCGCAAUGUACAGUUUGUAAACUUGAAACAGGCAGAUAAAGCUGAGCUGAAUAAGUUGACUGAUGGAAACGAAAGUCUCAUGAACAAGGUCCUUCAGCUGCAGGAUUUGGGCGACAAGGCUACCGAGAACGAUCGUCAAAGGCGUAUUCGUAAUGUUCAGCCCGUAGAUGAGCGAAUGUUUGAUAUAAUGAGAACGUGCCUAAUGCGUAGCUUGCGAAGCGUUGAACGUCAGAGAAGAUUUGUUCGCAGGUUGGGGAAGGACAUCAUCUUUCAUGGACGAAAUGAUGAUGAAGUUACCUAUUACUGCAACACUUGCGACGUGGAAGUGUUCAAUGUGCUAUUUGUCAAGGAGAUCGAUAAAAAGCAUAUGGUACAUUGUAUUGAGUGUGCACUGAAGCUGAAUAAAACCCUUAAGAACGUCGUUGUGCUGGAGGAAUUCACUCAUGAAGAGCUGCAGCAGGUCUACGAUAAGUUUGUACUUAAAAAGAUCUCAGAUCUCCCAGAGGCGUAACACAUCACACGGAUCUGAUUUAUAUAUCAUUCAUAGUACUAUUUAGUAGUUGGAUCAGAAGCGAAGUACCGAAACGAUUGUUAAGCAAGAGGAAGAAGACUGGACGGUCCGCAGCUGUGUGUUUGUGUAUGUCUGUGUGCGUGUGCGCGUGCGCGUCUAAUUACGUGGUUAAAGGGCAUAGCAGUUAGCCUGAAACGAGUCAAGAGCUGUGCGCUGGGUGGAAUUUUUGGGAUGGCUUUUUACAUUAUGAUCAAUAUGAUCGGUGCCCUAAUCCGCUUUUGAACCAAAACAAGCAGAAAAUAAAGUUUCGGACCACUUUUACAUCACCACUGGAAAAUCAAGCUCCCAGAUGAAGGUGCUCGCUGAAGGUCGCAAAUUUGGAAAGAAGUCUUUAACCGCAACCAUUGGGGGAAAUUGUGACAAUAUUGCUGGACUUUGAUAUAUAUAUAUAUAUAUAUAUAUAUAUAUAUAUAAUGUAUUUAUUACUUACCUUUACUAUUCAUAUUGCAAUUAUGUAGGGAUCAUCUCGAUAACAAUAAUGAUACUUCUCAUUAUCAUUUUCAUUAUCUAGCAGUAAUGAAUGCGUAACCUUCUAAUGAUAUCCAACUGAACAAACGCAGUGUAGACCAGCUCGCCAAAAACUACCAAAUCCGAUCGGAUAAAUGCAUUUCUACAAUAGUACUGCCUAUAGAUCGGUAGAUCAUGACCGAUAAACAAAUACCGUAUGGUCUACCGUAACAUUUUCUCAUUUUGGCGCCGAUGGGGUCACAUCACCCUCGUAUCGACCGUGGCAUUGUAGACAUCUAGAGAAACCAUGUUGGGAUAUCUAUAUUAAUGAAAAAGAGGAAAUUGAAGUAAAGAAAAAAAACGUAUUAUGACUAAGUGCUAAGGCCAUUUUGCCUAUCGUGGUUACACCAACAGGUCGGAAUAAGCGAAACCGCUGUAUAUAUCUAUGUAAGGGAGGCCCUUUACUUACAUAUGUUGCAUGACUAUGGCAGAAUCAUGGCACGGAAAGUGACAUUACUAUCCCAUGAUACAUAAAAUCUACAGAAACAUCUAAACUGGAGCGAAAAAAUGGCUGAAACUUAUUUCAAAGGUGCUCUACUAGAGUAAAAACUAUGGCCUCAUUAGCCAUAUCUAAAUUCCUACAAGUAGUAUUUAUAGAGGAUACGAAAGUACAGUAGCAAUAGAUGAAGAACAACAACUCAAUAACAUGACAACAAUAAUACAACAAUCAAAAAAAAAACAACUGCAGAUGGUGAAUCUCAGUGGCACGAACAAGUAGUCCGGCAAACCAGUAUUACGCGUAUGUUUUGAACAAACGAAAAAAAUUUGCAAUACGAAAGCAAAAACAUAAUUUUAUACUCAACGUUGCUCUCUGAUGACGCGAGGGUGUUAUCACGUUCGCUGUUUUUUUUUUUGUACACCUGUGAAAUAAUAGGUGGAGUCGUAAUACUGUGGUCUCCUGUUUCUUAGGCUGGGGUGUGGGACGGGGAAGCGUCCGAUCUUCAAUAUCCCACUACUACCUAAAACACAGACUGAAACGCUCUGUCGGUAAAUUGACGCCGGUCUAGGUUAAACUCGCGGAAGCUUGGAUGUUCCUUAAGCAAUCAGCUGCCGCAAAUUGUAUUGUGUAGUCUGUAUAAUAAGUCUGUUUUUUGUUAUCUGUUUGAUGGAAGUGCUGUCUCGACAAGAGCUAUCGAUUGCGAUCAGGAACAUUUUCAUCUUUCCGGUUAAAUGAUAUUCAGCCGAAGUCGUUCUUUUCAUAGACUAUGUUUGGAUCGUCAACUUCUAGCGACAUAUUUGACUUUUUUUUAUGGGUCUAGUAAACGCGCUAAGGGAACUGAAUUACUAUUCGUAAGAAUUCUAGGACAGGUCUAGCUUGAAACAUACGUGUCUCUUCUCCUGUACUAUUUAUUUGUGUGUUAUGCCACUGUGUCUUUCAGCCUUUUGUUGGUGUAGCUGUGCGUCUGGAUUUGGUACGCUUAUGUACAAUAUCAUAAGGUUUGUAGUUGGACUGUGAAUUGUGUGAGUACAGGGUUAUUAUAUGUAAUAGGGCGAGAGUUUAGGAAUCUUUAUUUUAUAUUUGUACAGUACAUAUAAAAGUCGAAAACGUACACACUAUGUAUCUGUGAAGUGACUUUUUUAAAACUGUUAAAAGAUCCUUAUUCCACUCAGUAUAUAUAUGUGUGUGUGUGUAAGAAAAUUGCGAUAAGCGCCAAAACCAAACACCGAGUCACGACGAUAAGCCCAAACUAGUUUACGGGACAUGCAACAUGUUUUCACUAAAUAGAUACAUAGCUGUACCCAGCCAGCGUCACACAAUAGGUGCUGCCGUGUCGCGGGAGAUGCAAGUUGAGCGUGACCACUUUCUGCCACAAAUUGUUCGAUCAACGGUGCGACGGCUACUGUCGACACUGUCUUUGCCUAAUCAACGGGUGUAAAUCACUCGAACAAUCCCAACAAUCAACACUGCCAUUUACUCAUUACUACUGCUAUAAUUACUAUUAGCUAAAUCUCAACAUAUAGAACUAUUUAUACAUAUAUAAUAUGAGAAUAGGACAUAUGUUAUGAUUGAAAAUAAUUGCAUGGAAAAGAGUAGCAACAAUGGUCAUCGAUAUUCCAUAUAUUAGCGAUGGUGUUGACGAUCAUGGUACCAAUACGUGCACGUUCACCAUACCGAUCAGUGGGUAUAGCGUGCGCGAAUCCUGUACGUUGAUAGAGUCAACUGAAAAGAUGAAAGGACCUGUAAAACUAUAAACGAAUUCUGUAGCUACCAGUGAAAAUUCUACUACUGAUAAUUACAAAGUGAACUGUAACUAAGUAAAGUUGUUGCGACCAAACGAUGCUUUGAUAGAAUAUAACGAUGAUGUAUUGAACACCAAUGUAAUAAUUAGUAGACAAAUAAUUAUGGCAAUCAGCAUACAAAAUACUGACAGUAGCUAUAGAAAAUUGUUUGCAAUCUGCUGCUUCUACUGCCGUCGCUGCUCAAGGAACAAUCUCCCAUUUGACAAACGCUCGUCUCGGGUCAUCUUGGUCUCCGCGUCAAACAGGAAGCUAAAACCAAACGUGUUUCUAGCACAAACAACGAUAAACGCUAUAGAGUUCAUUAAAUUUGAGCAAAUCGUCCUUGCGAGUAUACCUAUGCUUUUGCUCACGGUAGUGGAAAGUUUACACAGUGCACAAACAUUUAAUCAGCGAUACCUGAUUUGUUAAUGGCAAACUUGACAGCAACUCGACACAAGUAUUUGCGUGUUUGAUGAUAAUGUUUCGACGACAAUGAGUGGAAAGGUCAUACUAACGUGACUAUGCGUUUAUAAUUAACAAGGAAAAGCAACAGUCACCUCGAGACGAGCAAAAAGUGUACAGAUAGAAUCAUUAUUUUCAUCACCGACCAGAACAUAGCUUCAUACUUCAUCGUAGUAGAAGCAUAUACAUUACACCCUAGAAACGCAUCCAUUCUAUAAAUAUAAAAACAAAAGAUGUAUCUAUAUAGAAAUGGUAUAAGGGUAUUUCCACAACAAACCACUUCGCCAUUAAUAGCAGCCUGCUGCAAGGCCAGGUCGUAUCGGACGGUGAAUCUUGAGAUGCGCCUUGCGUUCUCCUGCGCGUGCUAGCAGCUUUUUGACAAUAUCACUACAUUAUAGACAGGGGUGGAAUCUAUGCAGGAAAGAAUCUGCAUAUGCGCUGUCCUCAAAGGGUCCAAUUAAGUUCGGACCCCUUUACCAACGAUAAAUGGACGGAGAUUUGGAAUUAUAGCUGGAACAAACGGUAAAUGAAGAAUCGACCAAUUACCAUGCUUACGCACUGCAGGUUAAUUUAAUCGCGUGUUGCUUGUGCUCCAUUUAUCGUCGCGGUGAUUGCUGACUUUGCGAGGUUGCGUGUGAAGAUGCUGAGCGGAAGUCUCAUGCUUUCCUACGAUUUUCUCCAUGGUUUUGUAUAGGCUGGUCCUACUUUUCUCUGCUAGAGAAGUUGUGUGUGUGUAUGUGUGGCUAUAUGUUAGCGGUUGUGUGCGGAAACAGCCGGCGCAAUCGAGAAUGUGAGCCGUUGAAAAAAACGAUUUAACGAAGUCAGAAUUAAUAGAUGGAUCAUCAUUAUGUAAAUGAUAUGUAUUUGAUGAGUGUACUUGCAAACACACGGCUAUUCCAUAUGGAAGGGAACCAGACUGAGGAAAUGAAUGAUGCUGAUUGAUGAUGUAUCGAUUGCUUGAUUAGUGAAUGAAUUAACUGAUCGAAUGGAACAGAGAUAAACGGCGAUUGAAACGUACGAGAGAUCAACUAUCAGCUGUGUUUUGUACAUAAUGAUAUACAUAAAGAUAAUAUUGGUAAUAUUAUUAAUAAUAAGUACAUAAAUAUAAAUAAACACAUUGGGCGUUUAUCGACAACGAUCACAUUCUGGUUCCUGGACGAAAACAACAUGGGUGGAACAGAAUAAUCAAGCGAUAUCUCGCUUCUUCAGGAUCGCCUUCACAUUUUUCCGUUCGUUCGGGCCAGGUUACGUUGCCGGAGUUUCUCUUCUGUAUAAAGUACUUGUAUAGUAUCAACUCUACCGACGGAAAAAUGUUUCAAUAAAUCAGUAUUCAUUUCACA